AACGACAAAGAUGAUAUACGAAUGGACAUAAAAUGUAAUUAACUUAAAUUUGUCGAAUUAUAAAUUGUGAUAGCAAAUUCAAAGCAUUUGCUAGGCACUUCAUCAUACUCAAUAAUAGUGAAAGAAGAACACUAAAAUAAAACGUACAUAUUUAGCACAAUCGCCGUUCUUCUCCUCCGUCGUCUGCCGUUCUUCUCCUCCGUCCAUCCAUUGAGCACAAUCGCAUCUUCAAGUCUCCAUUUUUGUCCAAGAAUGGAUGUCGAGGGGGGGAGUAUGACUUCGCGGCAAUUCACUCCAGAGGAACUGGAGAGGAAAAAAAAGAAAGAAGAGAAGGCUCAAGACAAAGAACGGAAGAAACUUAAGGCUGUGCAAAAGGCGGAAGCUUCUAAGUUUCAAACAAAGCCAACUUCUGGCGCUGAAAAGGCAGUGAAAAAGAAUUCUAAAAGAGAUACUAGGGAAGAAAACCCCGAAGAUUUUCUUGAUCCUGAAACCCCGUUGGGACAGAAGAAAAAGCUUUCCCGUCAGAUGGCGAAGUCAUUCAAUCCUAAUGCUGUGGAGAAAUCGUGGUACCAGUGGUGGUCAAAAUCUAAUUUCUUCGUAGCUGAUCCAAAGAGUUCCAAACCUCCGUUCACGAUUGUUCUACCACCACCUAAUGUCACUGGAGAACUACACGUUGGCCAUGCCCUGACCAUUGCCAUCCAGGAUACAAUUAUACGAUGGCGAAGAAUGUCUGGGUAUAAUGUGUUGUGGGUUCCUGGUACAGACCAUGCAGGCAUUGCUACACAGCCUUCUUCUGAUAUUUACGACAAAAUGCUGCUUAUAGGUGAAAGUGGAGGAGUGGCUUAUGGACAGAAAGCAAUUGACAAGGCAUGAUAUUGGCCGUGAAGAAUUUGUAUCUGAAGCUUAUAAGUGGAAGGAGAGAUUUGGUGGAACCAUUUUGAAACAACUUCGUAUAUUGGGUGCGUCCCUUGACUGGUCUCGUGAGUGUUUUACUAUGGACGAAAAAAGGUCCAGAGCUGUUUCCGAGGCUUUACCAGGAAGGCCUUAUAUAUAGGGAUCUUCGGCUAGUGAAUUGGGAUUGUGCCUUGAGGACGGCAAUAUCUGGUGAGGAGGUGGUUAAAGUUCAAAUUAAAGAGAGAACACCAUU